AUGAAUUUAUUGGACUCAACUGAAAUAUUUUCCACUAACAAUCCCAGUAAAGAUAUUCCUAAUGUGAAUAUUGCAGGAAAUAAAAAUUUAUUGGAUUCAACUUCUGUAAGUUUAGGUACCCACAGUGAAAUAUUUUCUGAUUUUUCAAAUAGCAAUGCCAGGAACGAUGUUCCUGAUGAUAAUGUUGCCGGGAAUGAAAAUUUAUUAGAUUCAACUGAUGUAGGUUUAAAUACCCACUGUGAAAUAUUUCCUGAAUUUUCAAGUAACAAUACCAGAAACAAUAUUCCUGAUUCGAAUAUUGCAGGACAUAAAAAUUUAUUAGAUUCAACUGAUAUAGGUUCAACCCAGGGUGAAAUAUUUUCUGAUUUUCCCAGUAACGAAAAUGCGAAUUUGCUUAAAGAUGAUGAAUUUCAUGAUGCUGUUCAAUUUUUUAAAGAUCCUUCUUCCAUGUCUUUUCUGGAAAAUGCUGGAUCUUCUAAGGUUGCAAUUGAAAAUAAUGUAGCAAGAUCAUCACUGUAUGUGAAUUUCGAUCCCUUGCAUGAGAAGUUUUCAAAUCAAUGUUCGAAUAAAAGUAACAAACUGGGUUUUAUUCUUGAAACUGCUCAGGAAUCUGAUACUAUUGUAGAGAAUGAAAGAAAUGUUAUUAACGAAGAAGUGAACACCGAUAUAGACGCUGCAAAAAAAGAAGAAAUAGUCAACAAGCCUUUAGCAAAUAUCUCUGUUAGAGAGUCUUUAGGGAAUGUUUUAAUAUCCUUUGAUUCUCCAGUUGUUAGAAAUCACACAAGUGCUGUUCCAGAGCCUGACCCUGUUACACUAUAUUCUGAAGAGGAAUUACAACAGCGUCUAAAAAUGCAAGAACUCUCACUCCAGGAGGGUUUUCUCAUUAGGCAAAGGGAAAUAGAACAAGAGAGUUUGAAAAAGCUGGAAGAGAUGGAACAGCAAAAGAAUAAUUUGAGUAAAUUAUGUGUUGCUUUUCAUGCAAGUUUGACUGAAAUGUCUGUUAUGGCCUUGAAUUUUUCAGAAAAACUAAAGACACUUGAAGCUGAAAAUAAUGAUUUAGAAAUUGAAAACAAAAAGAUAAAAGAAGACCUUAAGGUAUCCACUUCUGAUUUUCAAAGUUUGGAGAGUACAUUUUCUGACUUUCAUAAACGUUAUGAACAGUGUAAAAAUAUGUUAAAAGUUUACAAAGAUAAUGAAGAUUGUCUAAAGCAACAAGUCUUGACUAUUCAAAUGGAGUUGCAGGAGAAAGAAAAGAAAUACCAAUUAUUGCAAUCAAGGGCAGAAGAAAUGUUGCAAAAAGCAAACACAGACUUGGCUAAUGCUAAAAAAGUUAGUGAUGCACAAGCUGCUGUCCUAAAAGCACAGCUUAAAAAAGCUGAACUUAAAAUUUCAAGCUUAGAAAGUGAUUACAAGCAAAUCAAAAUUGAAAAUAGUAAGCUUGGUGGUAUUUGUGAUGAUCUUAUGGCCAAAGUCAGUGAAACUUAA